AUGGGCUCCGGAAAGGGCUCCGAGGUACGGCAGGAGUACCCGAAGCACCCCUUCCAACUCUCCGUCGACCAGGCUAGGGAACACCUCGGCGUCAACAUCGAGCAAGGCUUGAGCGCCGCUGAAGCGACCUCGAGGCGCUCCAAAUAUGGCGAGAACAAGCUCAUGGGAGAGGGCGGGGUAAAGUGGUACUCGGUCCUGCUGAAGCAAGUCAGCAAUGCGAUGAUCCUGGUUCUCUUGUUGGCAAUGGCGCUGUCUUAUGGUGUAUCCGACUACGUCGAGGGUGGCGUCAUCACAGCCGUCAUCGUCCUCAACGUCCUGAUCGGGUUUUAUCAGGAGUUCCAGGCCGAGAAGAAGAUGGACUCUCUCCGAGCACUGUCUUCCCCCACGGCCACCGUCCUUCGCAACGGCGUUGUCGAUGCAAUUCCAUCGGCCGAAGUCGUCCCUGGCGAUGUCAUCCAAAUCAAGACCGGCGACACCAUCCCCGCCGACAUUCGCAUCUUCGAAGCCAUGAACCUCGAGUGCGACGAGAAGAUUCUCACCGGAGAAGCCAUCCCGGUUGCGAAAGACCCCGAGCACGACUUCGCCAAUGCUGGUGAACUUGAAACCGGUAUCGGCGAUCGCGUGAACAUGGCUUACUCGUCGUCCACGGUCACAAAAGGGCGUGGUCAGGGUAUUGUCGUUUUCACUGGCAUGUACACAGAGAUUGGUAAGAUCGCUCAGUCCAUGCAGGGCAAGAAGCGCAAGGACAAUCGGUCUAUGUCCAGGAAGAAGGGCGGCAACUUGCAGCCAGCCAAGGGACUUAUCCUCAGGAUUUACGACGCCAUUGGCGCCUUCCUUGGUCUCACAGUCGGCACGCCCCUUCAGCGAAAGCUGUCCAAGCUUGCCUAUGUCCUAUUCGGACUGGCCAUUCUCCUAGCCAUCAUUGUGUUUGGCGUCAACAGAUUCGAUGUCACCAACGAAGUCGCCAUCUACGCCAUCUCGACCGGCAUCGCCAUGAUCCCGGAGUCGCUCAUCGCCGUCCUUACAAUCACCUUUGUCAGCGGCAUGACCUCGAUGCGCAAGCGGCGCGUGCUUACUCGCAAGCUCAGCGCUUUGGAGGCUCUCGGCGGCAUCACAAACAUUUGCUCCGACAAGACAGGCACCCUUACUCAGGGCCAGAUGGUCACUCGGAAAGCCUGGAUUCCGGGAGUUGGCAUCUACACGGUCAACAACUCCGAGGAUGCCGCGAACCCUACACAUGGUACAAUCACACUCGGCACAGAGACGUCGAGAGCCGAGAUGGAGGCGGAGAAGAGGUCUCGCCAAGAGAGGCUUGAGGCUGAACGUAGCGGCGGUGGCAUCAAGUUCAAGGAGCCCAAGGAGAAGACCGAACGCGACGAGCGCCGCGGCGUGCACGACCACGAAUUCGACGAGAAGUCUGGUUCGGACGACAUGGACCCCAAAGACGUCGAAGUGGUCCCCGAGCUUGACGCUUUCCUCCACUCCACUGCGCUCUGCAACCUUGCCACCGUCCGCUACAACGAGUCGGAGCAGAAGUGGCAGACCACCGGUGACCCGACUGAAGUUGCGCUACAGGUAUUCGCCCGUCGCUUCGAGCUUGGCAAGAAGCAACUGGAAGGAGAAGGCGGCUGGAAGCAGCUCACCGAGUAUCCUUUUGACAGCACUGUGAAGAGGAUGUCGGUCGUCUACCGGGUCCCCGACGAUGGCAGCACCAUCAUCUUCAGCAAAGGUGCCGUUGAGCGCAUUCUCGAUCUCUGUGUCAAUGUUGGUAUUGGUGCACACGAGACUGCCAUCACUGAUGAGGUCAAGGAGCAGAUCCUUGAGCAAAUGUCCCUUCUUGCCGACCAGGGUCUUCGUGUUCUUGCUAUCGCACGUCGCUCUUGGACUGGUGAGCCCAUCAAUGAUAAAUCUGAGAUCCCGCGUGAGGACAUCGAACAGAACUUGACGCUCCUUGGUCUUGCCGGACUCUACGACCCCCCUCGUCUGGAGACAAAGGAUGCUGUUCGCGAGUGCACCAACGCUGGUAUCCGUGUUCACAUGCUGACUGGAGAUCACCCUGGCACUGCCGCCGCCAUCGCCAAGGAGGUCGGCAUCAUCCCCAAGGAUAUGAGCGCUCUGCCCAAGGACGUCGCCGACAGCCUGGUCAAGACGGCUGCGGAAUUCGACGGCCUGACUGACGACGACAUCGAUCGCAUGCCCGAGCUGCCGCUUGUCAUUGCUCGCUGUGCUCCCAACACCAAGACUCGUAUGAUUGCUGCCCUUCACCGACGUCAAAGGUACGCUGCGAUGACGGGUGACGGUGUGAACGAUGGUCCAUCUCUCCAAGCCGCCGACGUCGGCAUCGCCAUGGGUCUCGCUGGCUCCGACGUAGCCAAAGGCGCAUCCGACAUCGUGCUAACGGACGACAACUUCGCAAGCAUCGUCAACGCCAUUGAGGAAGGUCGUCGCAUGUUCGACAACAUCCAGCGCUUCGUUCUCCAUCUGCUCACGUCCAACGUGGGUGAAGUCGUGCUUCUGGUCUGCGGUCUAGGCUUCCAGGAUGCGAAGGAUUAUUCAGUCUUCCCUCUCUCUCCACUCUCCAUCCUCUGGAUCAACAUGCUCACGUCCGGCUUCCCCGCCUUCGGGCUCGGCCGCGAGAAAGCAUCCUACAACAUCAUGAGCCGGCCGCCGCACGACAACAAAAAGGGCGUCUUCACCUGGCAAAUCAUCUGCGACAUGGUCGUGUACGGCCUGCUGAUGGGCAUGCUCACGCUCUUCACCUUCGUCAUCAUCGUCUACGGCCCCGGCGACGGGCUGAUCGGGCAGGACUGCAACAAGGCGUACAGCGCCGACUGCGACGUCGUGUUCCGCGCGCGCGCCGCCGUCUUCGCCGAGCUGACCUGGCUGAUCCUCAUCUCGGCGUGGGAGAUCAAGGGCAUCCGCCGCAGCAUGUUCCGGCUCGACCCGCGCUCCGAGAGCCGCUUCCCCUUCUUCCGCGACGUGUGGGAGAACCAGUUCCUCUACUGGGCCGUCACCCUCGGCUUCCUCGUCGUCUUCCCCUGCAUCUACAUCCCGGGCUUCAACACCACCGUCUUCAAGCACAAGGAAAUAACAUGGGAAUGGGCCCUCCCCGUCGUCGCCGUCUUCAUCUUCGUGCUCGGCAUGGAGCUGUGGAAGCUGACCAAGCGCACCUUUGGCUGGUUCGCCGCGCCCGACGAGGACAAGGUCGUCGAGGGCCGCCAUCACCGGAAGCACGGCGGCGGCGGCGCGCUGUCGCUGCGCCAGGGCUUCUUCUCCUUCUCGCGCACAAACUCCCUCGCCAAGGAGCCGUCGGCGGGCCAGGGAUCCGACCUCACCGCCAUCAACUCCGGGUUGGGUCCGGUUGGGAAGAAGGAGGAGGUGUGA